UCAGUCUGGAGCGAUCCUAGGAAGAAAGAGCAGCCAACCUGCACUGGAAUUUACUGGUGGGAUCUCUUGUCUGCCUGUGGCUGGGGGGCUUAUGGUGUUUGGUUUACUUGAUGUGUAGGAUCUGUUACCUCUGGUGCAGGAAACUCUGCUUCUGCAGUUGGAGUCACUACCUGGGCUCCCGGGAUCUACUAUAAUUUAUAUGGAUGUGAACAUGCAGGGUCUGGAUGCCACUCUCUGGAUACCACCUACCCACUGAUCUACUUCUCGGGGAGGGUGGAAAUAAGCUUUUUCUGGACUGUUAACUGAGUUCUGCACCAUGUUUUAUGCCUCUCUGUACUUCGUGUUGCCUCUUAUGGAUGCCUUUCUGUCAGCAGAGGUGAAGCGCUUGUCAUCUGGAGAUCGCCUGGACUGUGUGAAAGCCAGUGAGCACUGCUUGAAAGAACAAGAGUGUAGCACAAAAUACAGGACUCUCCGGCAGUGUGUGGCCGGUAAAGAGAGCAACUUCAGUAAAGUGUCAGGACUAGAGGCCAAAGACGAGUGUAAAAAUGCCACUGAGGCUCUAAAGCAGAAGUCCCUGUACAACUGUCGCUGCAAGAGGGGAAUGAAAAAGGAGAAAAACUGCCUGCGCAUUUACUGGAGCAUGUACCAAAGCUUACAAGGAAAUGAAUUGCUCGAGGAUUCCCCGUAUGAACCUGUCAACAACAGAUUAAGUGAUAUAUUUAAAACAGAUUCCAUGAUGUCAGCAGAACCAGUAAUAUUGAAGGGGAAUGACUGUUUAGAUGCCGCAAAAGCCUGUAACUUGGAUGAUACAUGUAAAAAAUACCGCUCAGCCUAUAUAACGCCCUGUACAAACAGCAUGUCCAAUGAAGUCUGCAACCGUCGCAAAUGUCACAAAGCCCUAAGACAGUUCUUCGACAAGGUCCCAGCGAAGCACAGCUACGGUAUGCUUUUCUGCUCCUGCAAGGACUUUGCCUGCACCGAGAGGAGGCGUCAAACCAUAGUUCCACUGUGCUCCUAUGAAGAAAAGGAAAAGCAAAAUUGUCUAAAUUUGCAGGACUCUUGUAAAACAAACUACAUCUGCAGGUCUCGUCUUGCAGACUUUCUCACGGAUUGUCAGCCUAACCCACGAUCUGUCAGCGGAUGUUUGAAGGAAAACUAUGCAGAAUGUCUGCUGGCUUACUCAGGCCUUAUUGGCACAGGUCUUACCCCAAAUUACAUAGAGUCCAGCAGUCUGAGCGUUUCACCCUGGUGUGAUUGCAGCAACAGUGGAAAUUUUCUUGAUGAAUGUCUGAAGUUUCUUAAGUUUUUCAAGGAUAAUAUCUGUCUUAGAAAUUCAAUAGAGGCCUUUGGAAAUGGAACUGAUGUAAGAUUACAACCAGAAUCCCCACUACAUACCACAACAUUAUCAACACCAAAUAUAUCCAAAAACAAAAUUAAGGAAACUGGCUUUGAUACAUUGCACAUUAGCAAUGAAAUCCCCACUCACAAUGGAUUGCCAGCAUGUGCUAAUAUACAGGAACAGAAGCUGAACUCAAAUGGUACUCUCAACACGCAACUUUGUAUUGCUGGGCAGUCACUUGGACGAGACAACAUUGUGGGCAGACCCUCAAGUAACCACAUCUCAAACCACAGUUCUUCUGGAAGUGCCUCCAGCCUCUGCACAACGCUUUUCAUAAUGGCGAUAUUACACUCACUUCUCGUACCCAUGCGCACUGCUCUAAAAGUAUAGCCAACUUCUGCUCAUGGACUUGUACAAAAAAAUAUAUGUAUAUGAUUAAUAUUAUUCACUUUCCUACCCUCUCUUGUUCAUCUGAAAUUCAAGUUCCAAAAGCUGAAAAACAAAACUAUUCGGGAAUAUUACAAAGGAAAACCAAAUGCUUUUUGAGGUAUUUAGGGGGCUGUGUAAUUACCUGCUGCAGUGCUACGUUCUGACCCCAAAAAGCUUCUGGGCAUGCCAUGUGUUUUCAAGAGAAAUAUGUACAUUUGUUAGUUGAUAAACUUUAUUGAUUUACUUUUUGAACUAUGUACCUACAAAAAAAAGAUACUCUUUAAGUAUUAUUUAUAUUAUUUUUACAAUUUCUUUCUCAAAUUUAAAUGAACCUUAAAGUUACAAUGAGAGAUUCCAAGUGUAGAUAUUAUAUUAUUCUCUUCAUAUUUUUGUAAACGCUGGUAGGAUGCUCUUCAAAUUGUGACCACCUUUUUUUUGUAGUUUAUUGUAUUGACUGAGAUUUUCUUUGUCUACUACCUGUUCAAUGUUUUUAUUCGUCUUUUUUACUGUGAAGUGAUUCUGCAGUGUAAUCAGUAAUUACAUACACAGUAGUUAUAUGCACCAAACAAAAGCACUCUAGAAACUUUCCUUAUAUCCCUCUAAAAAACAAACAAAAAUAACACAAGAGCAAGGAAAAACUGUCAAAUCACUUGCAGCAUUGCUAAGUUCCAAAAAUAUUGGAAAGCCCAAAACAAAGCCAUGGUAUUCCUAUCUAACAGAAAAGCUUUGUAAUAUACUUUAUUUGUUUUUCCCCCUUUUUCUUUAACUGAAUUAUGAUUUGUUUCCAACUUCAGAAACCUAAAACUACAAUAAAGUAGCUUUUUAUACCUUCCCCUAAGAUAAGAUAAAGAAUACACAAUAGGGUUUUCUAAAGAAAAUGACCCUGAACUGCAAAAAAAAAAUAUUAAAAAAUGCAAACAAAACUCAGUUAAGAUUAUAUAAUUAUAACAUUUUGUAUGCAAAUCUUUUGAAAGGUAGUGCUUAAAGGGACAUUAAACACUUUUUGCUUUUGUGUAAAAAUUGUGUAAAAAAGGCAAAAAUCUGCAAAAAAAUUGCAGUGCUGAAUUUUCUUUUGUUCCCCAUAGGAAGCAUGGGACAGUCAUGAUUUUUUUCACAAAGCUCAAGAGGUACUUAGUUUUAUUUUAACUGCUGAUAUAUGCUAUGCAUAUAGAAAAAUGAUAUCAGUGUCCCUAUAACUUAAUCAACUCUAAAUCAUUUAUACAGAGACCCAUUGCACAUCCUGUAGUUACACAAAAGAACAGUUAUACACAUUACUUAUACUGUAGUUACACAAAAGAACAGUUAUACACAUUGCUUAUCCUGUAGUUACACAAAAGAACAGUUAUACACAUUGCUUAUCCUGUAGUUACACAAAAGAACAGUUAUACACAUUGCUUAUCCUGUAGUUACACAAAAGAACAGUUAUACACAUUGCUUAUCCUGUAGUUACACAAAAGAACAGUUAUACACAUUGCUUAUCCUGUAGUUACACAAAAGAACAGUUAUACACAUUGCUUAUCCUGUAGUUACACAAAAGAACAGUUAUACACAUUGCUUAUCCUGGAGUUACACAAAAGAACAGUUAUACACAUUGCUUAUCCUGUAGUUACACAAAAGAACAGUUAUACACAUUGCUUAUCCUGGAGUUACACAAAAGAACAGUUAUACACAUUGCUUAUCCUGUAGUUUCACAAAAGAACAGUUAUACACAUUGCUUAGUGGAAACAUUUCAUUGUCCAUGAAAGGCCAAAGGAUACUCACGGCUCUGAUAACAGCUACUUUUGAGCAGGAGUCUUAAAAAUCACUGAUAUGUCUUACUAAAGAGACAUGAAUCAGAACAUUUGUCUUCCAGGAUUCAGCUAGAGAAUGCAAUCUUAAACAACUUUCCAAUUUACUUCUAUUCUGUUCUAUUCUGUUCUCUUCUGUUCUCUUGGUAUCCUUUCCUGAAAAGCAAGGUAGGCUCAGAAGCAGCAAUGCAUUAUUGAGACCUGACUGCUGAUUGGUGACCUAUAUGCUUCUUAUCAUUUGCUCACCUGAUGUGCUCAACAUUCUUCCAGUAGUUCAUUGUUGCUUCUUCAACAAAGGAUGCCAAGAGAAUGAAGCAAAAUUUAUAAUGGAAGUAAAUUGGAAAGUUGUAGAAAAAAUUGUAUAUUCUAUCUGAAUCACGAAAGAAGAAAAAAUGUGCUUCAUGUCCCAUUAAUAUAUGGUAUAGGCUCAAGUAGAAAAUGUGUUUGUGUAUUAAAAUGAGCAAAGCAUAAUAGUUAGUUUAAUUUAUCCCUUAAGAUUAUUUUAUGGGAAAAUCAUUAUUAUGCAAAGAGGAAGAUUUAAUUUUGCUCGCUUGAAAAACUGGAAACAAAAAUAACAUUUUGGGAAUUUGAGAAAAAAUAGACAAGUCAUUUUACACUUUAUGCCUCAAUUAAAACCGCUGCUCUGAAUGUCAUUCUCAUUUUAUUACAUAUUAUUAUCAUAAGAAAUGUAAUAUAAAAAUACUACACGUCACAAGCAGUGUUAUAUUCUAUUUCUACAACUGUAGAUGUCUAUAAACUUGCUUUAUUUGAAGUCAUUCACUAAAGUGAGGUUUAAACAACCAAGUUCUUUCAUUUAGUAUAUUAUAAUAGUUGCUGCUAUAUUUAAGUAAGUCAUUCUUUUAUCUUUCAAAUUAGACAUGUGAGGUGGGUUUCUAUAAAAAUUAAUUUCUUCACUGACUUGCGUUUUGGGGCGCGAUCCGAUAUCGAUCGCAGUUUGCGGCGCAAGCGAGGGAACCGGCGUCGCCCGCAGUUUCAGCUCGCAACUCGAGCUAUCCCAUAUAGGUCGCCGUCAGAUGCUAACGUGCCGUAAGUCUCACAAACCAGCGAUGUCCAGAAAUCUGCGUAAGUACAAAUUUCUGGCGUCGCCAGUGACUUGCGCCACGUUAGAAUCUGCCGGCGCCUAUAAAACCUGACUAAAGUCUAAAACACCCGCACUGUCUAACACGCCUCCCUAACAUAGCCCGCACUGUCUAACACGCCUCCCUAACAUAGCCCGCACUGUUUAACACGCCUCCCUAACAUAGCCCGCACUGUCUAACCCUCUAUCCGCUAUCCCCCCUCACUAGCCUAACAAUAAAAAUGCUAUUAACCCCUAAACCGCCGCUCCUUUACCCCGCCGCAACCUAAUAAAAUUAUUAACCCCUAAACCGCCGCUCCUGUACCCCGCCGCCAGCUAUAUUAUAUCUAUAACCCCCUAAAGUGAGCCCCUAACACCGCCGCCAUCUAUAUUACAAUUAUUAACCCCUAAUGUAAGCCCCUUACACCGCCGCCAUCUCUAUUAAAAUGAUUAACCCCUAAUUUAAUCUACCUACC